AUGAAAUCAAUCCUAAAAACUUCAAAUUUAAGCAUUGGCUAUAAGUCCAAGAAAUCAACUGUGGUUAUUGCAGAGAAUCUUAAUUUGAACUUAUCUGCAGGAAAACUCAUUUCAUUAAUAGGAGCAAACGGAAUCGGGAAAUCGACUUUACUAAGAACCAUUACAGGAAUUCAGGAACCUUUGGUAGGAAAUGUUUUUCUGAACGAUAAAAAUAUAAAUACCUAUAAGCCUCUUGAUUUAGCACAGAAUUUAAGUUUAGUCUUAACAGAAAAAUUGCCGCCAAGUAAUCUUUCCGUUUUCGAACUGGUGGCAUUAGGCCGUCAGCCUUACACGAAUUGGAUUGGCACUUUGACUCCAACCGAUAUCGAGAAAGUCCAGGAAGCAUUACAAUUGACUCAAAUCGAACAUCUGGCUCAAAAAAAACAUUACGAAAUUAGCGACGGACAAUUGCAAAAAGUCCUAAUAGCAAGAGCAUUGGCACAAGAUACACCGCUUAUUAUUUUAGAUGAACCCACAACACAUCUUGAUUUAUUACACAAAGUUUCAUUGUUUAAAUUGCUGAAAAAACUAACGCAGGAAACUCAAAAAUGUAUUUUGUUUUCGACCCAUGACAUCGACUUAGCGAUUCAGCUAAGCGACGAAAUGAUCAUUAUGACACCAGAGUUGAUUGUUCAGGAUGAACCUUGUAAUUUAAUUUCAAACGGAAGUUUUGCCAAUUUGUUCAAAGACGAACAUAUUAUUUUUGAUGCAGAAAAAGGGAAGUUUGUAAUUACUUAA